UCGCUGGAGCCGCACUAACCCAGGGCACCUUUGGGGUCACUCCAGCCUCUCACGCAUCCACGCCGUGCCCACUGCCGGACGGUGGAGGUGACACCAGUUAUUCCAAAUAACCAAUCCCGUGGUAUUUACGGUGAUUUUCAGCCCGUUUGGCGCUGCCGCGGUCGCUCCGGGUCCCCAUUGCGGCCCGGCCCCGGCGGCUCUCCCGCCGCCCGAGCUGAGGACCUCAAUCAAUCAUUUUUGGGGCUGGACCCCAUUGGCUACCGCCGGCUGGGGCGGGGUUUACGAGGUACAUAAGGGACGGGAAGGCGCGCGUCCCUCAGAGCUGCUCCCGCCGGUCUUUGGGUCUGACUUCGUCAUGGCUGCCGCGCUCCAGCCCCUCCGUGCCCUCCGCCGCGCCGCGGUGGAGCCCCGCGCCCGCCGCCUGCACCUCAGCGCCGCCCGGGGGGACGCCGUGGUGAUCUCGGGGCGGAAGCUGGCGCGGCAGAUCCGGCAGGAGGCGCGGCACGAGGUGCAGCAGUGGGUGGCUGCCGGCAACCGGAGGCCGCACCUGAGCGUGGUGCUGGUGGGGGAGAACCCGGCCAGCCACUCCUACGUGCUCAACAAAACCAAAGCAGCGGCUGAUGUGGGGAUCAGCAGCGAGACCAUCCUCAGGCCGGCCUCCAUCAGCGAGGAGGAGCUGCUGGAGCUCAUUGCCCAACUCAACAGCGACACGGCCGUGGACGGGCUCCUGGUGCAGCUCCCCCUGCCUGAGCACAUCGACGAGCGCCGGGUGUGCAACGCCGUGAGCCCGCACAAGGACGUGGACGGGUUCCACGUGCUCAACGUGGGCAGGAUGUGCCUGGACCAGGACUCCAUGCUGCCCGCCACGCCCCGCGGCGUCUGGGAGAUCAUCCAGAGGACAGGGAUCCCCACGCUGGGCAGGAACGUGGUGGUGGCGGGCAGGUCCAAGAACGUGGGCAUGCCCAUUGCCAUGCUGCUGCACACCGAUGGCAAACACGAGCGCCCUGGAGGUGACGCCACGGUGACGAUCUCACACCGCUACACGCCCAAGGAGCAGCUGAAGCAGCACACGAUCCGUGCCGACAUCGUGGUGGCUGCUGCAGGCAUCCCCAACCUGAUCACGGCCGAUAUGGUCAAGGAGGGCGCGGCCGUCAUCGACGUGGGCAUCACCCGCGUGCAGGACCCGCUCACGGCCCGGCCCCGCCUCGUGGGCGACGUGGACUUCGAAGGGGUGAGGAAGAAGGCGAGUUACAUCACGCCGGUGCCCGGCGGCGUGGGGCCCAUGACGGUGGCCAUGCUGAUGAAGAACACGAUCAUCGCUGCCAAGAAACUGCUGAGGCCUUGUGAGCCCCGGGCCCUGCCCACCUAAACAGAGCCGGGCUUAACCAGGGGGCCCUCAGAGCUGGGCUUAACCAGGGAUCCCUCUCAACACCAUCAUCACUGCCAAGAAACUGCUGAGACCCUGAGGGCUCCAGGCUCUGCCUGCCUGAACAGAGCUGGGCUUAACGAGGGGCCCCUCAGAGCCAGGCCUAAGCAGCCGUUGCAGCCGACAGGAAAUGCAAUAUUUCAAUGUUUGUUAUUUAUUAUUAAAGCACCUGGGGCUUUUCCCCAGUGUGGGCUCACAGGUGGGGCUGAGCUGGGAUUACCCAAACUCCUCCUGCUUGUGUUAGAGCUGGGAUUACCCAAACUCCUCCUGCUUGUGUUAGAGCUGGGAUUAUCCAUGCUCCUGCUUUGGUUUUGGGCUGGGAUUAUCCAAACUCCCCCUGCUUUGUAUCCACACUCCUGCUUUGUGUUUGAGCUGGGAUUACCCACACUCCAGUUUUGUUUUUGAGCUGGGAUUACCCAAACUCCAGUUUUGUUUUUGAGCUGGGAUUACCCACGCUCAGCUUUGUUUUUGAGCUGGGAUUACCCAGUCUCAGCUUUGUGUUAGAGCUGGGAUCAGCUGCCCUGCUCCCACAGGAGCUGUUUGGAUCCUGGCGCUCCCGGCUCCCCCUCAGGGCUGGAUCUGUAGUUUGAACUCUUCUCUAGAGGAAUUACUUGAAAAAACAAAUUAAAAUUAAAGCCAUACUUUAGUGCUGGGCCUGUGCAGGCCUGGGCUGGUGUAGCCUGUUCUAGAGUGCAGCUAGGCUGGGAUUUUCUCACUCCUUGGAUUAAUGGGAAAUGUCUAAACCCUGUUCUAGGCCGGGCUUUUCUCCCUCCUUGCACUGAUGGGGAAUUUUUAAGGCCUUUCUGUAACCAAAGAGCAGCCGGGGCUGGGCUCUCCUGCCCCGUGUGUGAAGUGUGAGCAGCGCAGGCGGCCUCAAUAAAUGUGAGAAAACCAAAACA